AAAGAGGUCUCGAUCAAGAAGUUAUGACCAAAAUAGAGAAAGUUGGUCAAGAUAUGAUUGAAGCAAUGAAGAUAGCUAUUCAAGAAGUUAUUAUCGAAGGAGUAGAGAUAGUCGAUCAAGAAGUCAUGAUCGAAGAGAUAGAGAUAGUCAACCAAGAAGUUAUGAUCGAAGAGAUAGAGAUAGUCGAUCAAGAAGUUAUGAGAGAAGAAGAUGAUCAAGUUAUGAUAGCAGAAGUAGAUGAUAGACAAGUUGGAAAAAAUAAAGAAAUUCAAAAGCUAUUUAAAGAAUUUCUUAACCAAAAAUUAAAUUCAGAUAAUAUAAGUUCAUAUAUAAAUGAGGAAGAUUUAUUAGGCCAAAAUCAUUCAAGACCUCAAGAACAAUCAAAAGGUUCAAGUUCUUCGAAUGUUAGGUUUAAAUAUUUAGAUCUUACUGAUCUUUCAGAUAACCUUCUAGCUGCUUUAAGACAUCAAGUUUUUUGGAUUAUUGAAAAAAUACUAUCUCAAAAUCAACUAAAAUUGGAACAAACCUUCCAUUCACAAAAAAAUCUC